UUAUGGUUUUAUUGCUUUACAUUUAGCACCAUACAUUCAAAUGUGGUGUCAGAUAAAAAUAUAUAUUUCUUCCACAUUGUUAAUCCGUUGGCUCAGCGUCUUCAUUUCUAUGCUGAUUUAAAUUGUCUCACUUUAUAUAUUCAAAAGUCUUAUAUCUACUGGGAUCUGAUUUUUAACUUCACCCCUGCCACCUGGUUAUCAUCCAACUAGCAUCCCCGCCCCAACCAGGUCUCUCCAGAUCAAAUUUGUUGCAAAAACCCAGGCAAUUCCCCCCAUCGGGCAGAAUGGCACCUACCCCUUCCUGAGAGGUGCUCCGAGUCUUAGAGAAGGAAGGCAACUGCCAGAAGCAAACUCAGCUCCCCCACCUACUUGUCCUCAGACAAGUCGCCUAACUUUUUAAACCUCAGUUUCUUCAACGGUAAGAAGUAGAACCAUAAUGUCUACCUCAUAGAUUUAUUCUGGGAUUAAAUGAAAUAUAACAUAGAAACUGUACGUUAUCUACUUCUAGUAAGUAGUAUGUAUAGUAAGCAGUAUUGAUGUAUAAUAGUGAGUAUUUAUAGUGUGUGUGCAUAUAUACUUAGCAAGUACAUAGUAAGUUGUGUGUCAUUUUUAGUUUCUUUUUGUCUAUACCCUAGACUCCCCACAAAUAAAAAGAUAGUUAUACAAAAACCCAACUCAAACAAUGAACCAAUUCAUUUUCUUUAUUUAGUUCUUUCCCUUUUAUCCCAUGUUCUCUGCUUUGGUGCUUUUGUGAAAAUAGCAAUUCACACGAGACAAGGCCAGUACCCUUCCCUGUUCCUGUGCACAGUCCCUGACACUGCGCCAGGCAGAUCGCCUUUUCUAGACAUUAAUGUUCUCAGGGUCAUCAGCGAGGAUUCCUGGACAUUUGGGAACAAACGGUUUACAACUGAUUGUAGAUGGUGGUUGCUGGAGAACGUUGAGGGGCUGUUGCUAUGGAAAUGGAGAGAAGGUCAAAUCAAGGACAGACUGAGGAUAGAUUGAGGGCAUGUUAACAGGUGGGAGAGCAAGAAGGAGAAGCCGAGGCAGUUUUGGGGUUCCGCAUGAGCAGCAGAAAUGAGGGCAGUUGGGAAACUUACAACGAGAGGUGGAAAAGGAAAGACUUGGCUGGUUCCCUGUGUGUGGAGUUUUAGGUGGCACCAGAACGCUCAAGAGCUACCCUGGAAUCCGAGGAAUCAAAGCCACCAGCAGAGAACAUCCAGACGCUGGGACUGCCACUUCGCUGAAGGGUGUUUCUGCCUUCCAUGGAAAAAAAUGCGCAUUUUUAAAGCAAGACAAGAUUCCCCAAAGCAAAGCAAAACAGCUACCUCUCUCGGUCUGGAAGUCAUGGCCUUAUAUGAAGAGACAUCAUCUGCUCUCACUCAGGAGAAUGCUUACCGGAGCUCCUCGGAGGACCUGUGCUACGCCUCCAUCAACCACAGUGUCGCUGGGAGAAGGCCAACAGGGAACUUGGCUGAGGAGUGCUAUGAGAACGUUUCCCUCAUGGCUGAGAGGCCCAGAGAGUCACUGGGAGGAACUGAGACCGAGUACUCACUUCUUUGUGUGCCUGCCACCCCCAGGCACCCAUCCUCCCCAGAAGAUCAGUAUGAACUUCUUAUGCCCAGUAGAAUCUUCCCUCGCUCUGUGCAACAGCCACACUCACUUACGUCCCCUUCUCAGGCUCCAUUUUCCCAUUUAUAAUGAAGUGGUUGGACCAACUUUUAACACCAGCAAAUAAAAGCCAGUGGUAGGGAGUUCUGGUUGAA